AUCCAGGACUUGUUUGACAACAGAGCCGGGUGAGGCCUGUGCAGGUGAGCAGGAGCUUCCCCAGAAAUCCAGUUACCGGAAAGAGGCUAGUCCAGGAUGGACCUUGAUUCUUGCUCACGCGUUGGGCUGGGAACCGGCUCCUGGGUUUCAGCUGCUUACCGUAACCUGAAUUCAGGUGGGAAACCCGAGAACCAUCCAGGAUUCUGCUGGGUGGGCCCCGUGAAACCCAGCAGUGAGUCACCUCGGAAUGUCUAGGGAGCAAUACACAAAGUCAGCUAGCUCGGGAAGGAUGCCGGCCCGCGGUACCCUGCUGCCCGAAGCUGUGGUUAGCUUUGGUGAUUCAUUUCCCCUUCUGCUGCCCUAGAGGGGGCGCCGCCCUGGCUUGCGAGGGGGGAGAAAAGAUCUGGAGGGGAAUGGAGGGGGAACAAAAUGAGGCAGCCUUAAGGGACCACGUGCUCUAGCUCUGUUGAAUUCUAAGAUCUCAAGGAGACCUUUGUGGUCUGGGAUCAGGUGAUGUAGUGUGUCUCACUUCAACGCCCUGCUUCUCGACGACGACAGACAGCUUUGGGACGGCUCUGCAGCGUGCCCAGGGUUUCCAGCACAGGAUACUGGUCUUUAAGGAAGGCUCUUCUUGGCGCUGGAGACAAUCCGGAUACCCGUUGGUGGCUGGUACAGCCCACACUCUCCACUAAGGGACUCGCGGCCGCAGCUGCGCAAGCCUUGCCAGGAGGCGCAGAGGCUGUGGGAGGGGCUAGACGUCCGCCGGGCUCCGGGGCUGGUCCUUGUGGGUGGGGCCCGGGCUGAGCCCAACUUUCCGGGUGGAGCACAGCUUCGGUAGCGGCGGAGAGGGCGGGGCCGGGAGCGCGGAGCCGCGCGGGCGCGCUCGGGAGGGACUGGAGCCCCGCGCCCGAAGCUGCCAGAUCCACCGCGGGAGCGGAGCCGCAGCCAGAGCAGCCUGAGCAGCUGCAGCCAGUCCGAGCUCGCGGUUCCGCGUCCGCCGGCCUAUCCGCGUCUAUUCCCGGCACGCAGAAAGAGGCGAAAGGGGGCAGGGGGAGGGGAGCGGCGGCUGCGACCUCCGUUCCCACGCUCGGAACAUUAUCGACCCUGCCGGGCCUGGUCACGGCCUGAUCACCAAACACGCAGGCGGUCGGGGUCAGUCAGUGACCUCAUCCUGACAGUCUGGGGACCAAAGAUGGAAAAAGACAACCGGAUUCCGUGUGAAAGCAUCGCGUGAGCUUAGGGCGCGGAGGAGAGAGAAGACCUCCCCUGGUGCGGGAGGUGCCCAGGGCUUACGAGGCCUGGGUGGGCACCAGCCAGUCCGGCAUCUUAGCAGCCACGACCUUCUUCCCUGACCAGAAUUAUCGGCUGACUCAGUGUCUAGCACCUGAAGUGGUGCGGUCUCCUGUCUGAGGAAUCAGGACCUGGCUCAGCGACUCCCUGGAAAGCCUGCCUCCUGCCCCAGCCCCACUGGUGCGGAUGUGCCGCUGCCCACGGGAGCACCAUGAAGGCAGGAUGACCUCAGCCGAAGCAGUAGCUGUGGCUGGAAGUGCCCAGGAGCAUGGCCGCCCCAAGUGGCCUCCGGACAAACCUCAGGUCCUUGGGCAGCCUGCUCCAGCGAGAGUGGUUGUGGCAGCACUGGUGUGGCUGUUGGCAGGAGCCAGCAUGUCAAGCCUCAACAAGUGGAUCUUCACAGUGCAUGGCUUCGGACGGCCCCUGCUACUUUCAGCGCUGCACAUGUUGGCAGCCGCCCUGGCAUGCCACUGGGGGGCCCAGCGACCCGUGCCGCACAGCAUCCACCGCCGAGUGCUGUUGCUCAGCCUCACCUUCGGUACCUCCAUGGCGUGUGGCAAUGUAGGCCUGAGCACUGUCCCCCUGGACCUAGCACAGCUGGCCACCACCACCACACCACUGUUCACACUGGCCUUGUCUGCGUUGCUGCUUGGCCGAAGACACCAUCCCCUGCAGUUUGCUGCCAUGGGCCCGCUCUGCCUAGGGGCUGCAUGCAGUCUGGCUGGAGAGCUCCGGGCACCUCCAGCUGGUUGUGGCUUCUUGCUGGUGGCCACCUGUCUCCGAGGCUUCAAGUCUGUUCAACAGAGUGCUCUGCUGCAAGAAGAGAGGCUGGACGCGGUGACCCUGCUGUACGCCACUUCUUUGCCCAGUUUCUGCCUGCUAGCUGGCGCAGCACUAGUGCUGGAGGCUGGCGCAGCCCCACCACUGCCUCCUACCGACUCUCGCCUCUGGGCCUGUGUCCUGCUGAGCUGCUUCUUGUCCGUGGUCUACAACCUGGCCAGCUUCUCCUUGCUGGCCCUCACAUCUGCCCUCACCGUCCACGUACUGGGCAACCUCACGGUUGUGGGUAACCUCAUCCUGUCCCGGCUCCUGUUCGGCAGCCACCUCAGCGCUCUCAGCUACCUGGGCAUCGCCCUCACCCUUUCAGGAAUGUUUCUUUAUCACAACUGUGAGUUGGUGGCCUCCUGGGCUACCCGCCGGGGGUUGUGGAACAGGGACCAGCCUGGCAAAGGUCUUUGAGACCUGGGGGAGCUCAUAAGCUCUACCUGGACAGCCCCAGCCUGAAUCUAACCUUGGACAAUGGCCAUGAGGAAAGGGAGAGGUGCUAUGUCUGCCAGGCCCGGGAAAGGAAGGGCUGCCUGGGAGGCUACACACCAGGGACUUUCAGAGAGACCCACCUCCUGUCCCUGUCUGCCUCACCUCUCACAGCAAACCCUGCCACUGGAUGGUGGGCCCAAGUCUGGCACGUGUACUUGCCGGAGGAAUCAGUGUCAACGACUAUGAUGAAGGUUGCUGGCAAACUUAGGAAACCUCAAAGUGUUAGGAUGAAGAUAAUGCUCGGUAGUCGCACAAUCUUUCCUGGGGGGCGGGGAAAGGGGAGGCCAUGAGGGUCACCAGAGCAGGCUUCAUCAUGGUUGGGCUCCCCUAAAGAUGGGGUAGCCUUUGCCAACUUCAGGUAGCUACUGUGGCCUCACUCUGGUGCCCCCACCCCUGGAUUUGGGUCUUCCAUCCCCAAUAAAGUAUUUUUUCUUGGGA